AUGUCCGGCUACGAUCAGUACAACCAGGGUCAGGGCGGCUACUACGGCCACCAGCAGGGUGGUUACCAGCAGGGCGGCUACCAACAGGGCGGCUACCCCCAGCAGCAGGGCUAUGGACAGCAGCAGGGCUACGACCAAUACAACCAGCACAGCCAGCAGCACGGUAGCCAGGGUGGCUCUGCCAACGACUACUAUGGCUCCAGCGGACAGCAGUCUCAGUAUGGUGGUGAGAGCCAGUACGGCCAGCAGCAACAGUACGGCCAGCACGGCCAGCAGCAACAGUACGGUCAGGACCAGCGUGGAGAGUACAACCAGCAGGGUGCCCCUGGUGGCGCUCAGGACGGCGAACGUGGCCUCGGUGGUGCCCUCGCCGGUGGUCUUGCGGGAGGCUUUGCCGGUCACAAGGCGGAUCACGGGAUCCUCGGAACCAUCGGUGGUGCCAUCAUCGGAAGUAUCGCUGAGGACGCCAUCAAGAAGCACAGACACAAGGAGGAGGAGCAGCAGCAGUACGGCGGCUACCCUCCCCAAGGUGGUCCCGGUGGCCCCCCUCCUCCCGGCUCUCACCACGGUGGCGGUGGUAGCAUGAUGGACCAGUUCGGCAGCUUCUUCAAGAAAUAG